UUAAUUAAAGAAAAUAAAGUAUUUUCGUAAGUUAAUUAAAUGGCGAAAGGUCGAAAGCUGACCAUCAGUAUGAGUGAAAGGUAUUUAGGAAGUUACAGUUACAAUCAUGCAAAUCAAACAGUCAACGAAACAUCGGAAUUUGGAGAAGAUGAUGUUUGGUCAACCGUUGAUGAUAUGGUGGUCAACGGUGGCGACGAUGAUCAUUUGAUGAACGGCGCUUGUAAUUCACGCGCGACCGCAGAGAGUGACGUCGGAAGUUUUAGGAGCAGCCGACGCCAAGCUGGAGGAGGAGGCGGCUUGUCAUUGGCCUUUGAUGAUGAUGCAGGUAAAGCCACGUCAUCAUCUCGGAUCAUUCAUCAAUUUCGUGGACAAGACAGCCUGGCAGCGCAGUCUCCACGUGGACACCACAUGGCGUCCUCGGCUCCCGUGAAUGUUCCUGAUUGGUCAAAGAUAUAUCGAGUUGACUCGGUUGAGUCAUUUCAUGACUCAGACGAUGGUGUUGAUGAUCAUGAGUUGGAUAUGGUUCCGCCACAUGAGUAUUUAGCUCGUGGAUAUGGUAGGUCACGAAAAUCAACAACCGAUUCGAUGUUUGAAGGCGUGGGAAGGACAUUAAAGGGUCGGGACAUGAGUCGAGUUCGAGAUGCAGUGUGGAGUCAGACCGGGUUCAAUGGCUAAGUCGAUUCAUCAAUAAUCAUAUAUAUAGUUGUUUAUCGUUAGUGUAAUUUUUAUUUUAUUUUUUUGUUCUUUGGGCAAUGAUUCAAGCCGAAUGAAUAUAGUUUCAGUGAGUCAACCAGGCUGUGAUUGAGCCCAGUUAUAUGAUUUGAUGUUUUCCUUCUCUAUAUAUUUUAAU